GUGUGUUAGUGUGUGUGUGCAGGAGUAAGUGGCAGAGAGUGCCUGUGUGUGUGUGAGAGUUUGUGUAUGUGCGGGUUAAGUGGCAAAGAGUGCCUGUGAGUGCGUGUGUUUGAGUGUGUGUGUGUGUGUGUGAGUGUGUGCGUGUGUGUGUGUGUGUAUCUGGGAGCGGUAUGGAGGACAGCACUACGUCUGAGGAGGACCUGGAGACCCUGAUCGAGGGUCUGGACUACAUCCCGGGUCACUUCCACCUGGCCCUGCACCUGAAUGGCGAGUCGCAGGGACCGGCCGAGCUGCGGAGGCGGGACACACACCUGCGCCGGGAGAGCCUGCGCGUCCAGCUGGAGGCCGAGACCGGACCGCUGCAGUACGCCGUACGGAACCUUCUGGGCCUGCUGGACUUCCACCUGGACCGGCUGCCCGAGGCCGAGGAGGCCUUCCUCGCCGUGUGCCGCGAGCAGCCGGCCAACCUCAACGCCUGGGCCAACCUGGGCUACGUGUACGACCGGCUGGGCCGCGAGCAGGAGGCGGGGGAGUGCGUGGAGCGGGUGUCCUCGCUCAUGGGCCUGGGGGGGGGACGGGGGGGGGAACAGGACGGUCCCGGGCGCAGCAGCGCCGCCGCUGCCCGCUGCCUGGCCGAGCAGGCCUACACACACCCCUGGGACGUGGAGCUGGACGAGGACGAGGUGCUCCGCGAGCGACUGACCGCCGCGCUCACACUCUACAACAGAGCGUUGGACUAUGGAGCAGAGCUGAUACCGACAGAAGAGAAGAGGAGCUGGUACUUUAACAUGGCCACCAUUUACAUACGGCUGGACGGAAUGAUCCGGAACAAGGAGGACGCGGAGUACUCCAGACCUCCCCUCUACAACAAGGGCCUCAAGCUGCUCACCGAGGUGCUGCAGUCGGACAACGUCCAUCUUAAGGCUCUGACCUGGUGUUAUGUGGGUGUGCUGCUGGAGAGGAAGGACGAGUUCUCCACGGUGCCCAUGGCCGUCCACGACUGCGGCUACUCCAGCUCAGAACCACUGUCCUGCUACGGACUGGCCAUCAACUUUGCCACGGACAAUGCGCUCAUCCUGAACCAGCUGGCGGCCGUCUUCCUGACGCUGGGCAAACACGACAUGGCCACGGGCAUCAGCAACAUGGCACUCAGCGUGCUGCCCGACCCCGAGCUCAACUGGCAGGCCUACUGCAACCGCGCCAAGAUUAACGUGACGGCAUACGUGCGGAACCUGGAGAGGGCCAAACAGGGGCAUGCUGGGAUACCCGACAGGCAGAGCCUGAGAGAGGCCAAGAUGGACCUGGAGCGUGUACUGAGUGUGAGGCCCUGCCUGAGGACACACCUAGAGUUGGCACAGGUGCACUACUACAUGGGUGUGGAGGCGGUGCAGGAGUCCCUGCUGGUGGAUGAGGGGGCGGUGAACAGCGCCCUCGUGUGUCUGUCCCGGGCACUGCAAUGCCCGCCAGGCGAGAGCCUCCCGGAGUUGCACCUGCUAAGGGGGCGGUGCCUGCUUCUGAAGGGGGAGGAGUCCAACGCGGUCGACUGCUUCCUGCGGUCACUGGAGCUGCAGCGCCCCGGAGCGGCCGACCCCGCCGCCCUGCGCUUCCUGCUGGGGGCGCUGCUGCUCUGCUGCUGCCAGGGCCCCGACGCUGACAGCGCCAUCUGCAGGCUGGAGGAGUGCGUGCACCACGCGGAGAAGACCUACUCGCAGGCCGUGGUGCGGCAGGAGCUGCGGGGGCUCUGCCGCUCGCACGCGGCCGAGGUGACGGAGCUGUCCAAGACGCUGGUCACAAGGGGCCGAACUAAACUGGUGCGCCACCUACUGGACAGUCUGCAGCCGCGCGGGAAGACGCAGUUGGCACGCUCCUUCUCUGUGUGAAGGGGAGAGGAAUACACACAGGAGGUGGAGGAAUGUGUAUGACGUGUGUGUGUGUGUGUGUGUGUGUGUGUGUGUGUGUGUGUGUGCUGUGUGUAUGGAGAUCACCGUUGGUCCCCUGACCCUGUGUGGGAGUGAGAGGAACAUAACAGGAGGGCUUUGUGUAUGUGUGUGUGUAAAGAAAGUCACUGUCUAUGUGAGACAAUGUGUGUGUAUGUACGAGACGAGUAUUCGGUGACCGAAGUGAACAGUUCAUGGAAUCUGACCCUCCGCAACACAGGAAGAUGAUGGGACACAUUCACCGUCUCUCUCUGGAGGGAUUAAUGUGACUCCUCUUCAGGACAUUCACCUUUCUACCAUUUACCUUUCAAACCAAACCUCACGUUUUGAACAUAGCUCACCGUUAGGAGUGUUUGAGAGAGGGAAUAUCUUCUCAAUCUGCCUGGGGACACCUGGAGCUGGAACUGACUCCAGAUGAACAGGCUUGUCUGUGUCCAGCUCUUAAAGGUAUUGAGACUGUAAUGAGCUCUUGAAUGUGUUUUAAUGUGCAGCAGAAAGCAGUCUCGUACUUCAGCUCUUAAAGGUAUUGAGACUGUAAUGAGCUCUUGAGUGUGUUUUAAUGUGCAGCAGAAAGCAGUCUCGUACUUCAGCUCUUGAAGGUAUUAAGACUGUAAUGAGCUCUUGAGUGUGCUUUCUGCUGCACAUUAAAACAGUCUCGUACUUCAGCUCUUAAAGGUAUUGAUACUGUAAUGAGCUCUUGAGUGUGUUUUAAUGUGCAGCAGAAAGCAGUCUCGUACUUCAGCUCUUAAAGGUAUUGAGACUGUAAUGAGCUCUUGAGUGUAUUCUAAUGUGCAGCAGAAAGCAGUCUCGUACUUCAGCUUUUAAAGGUAUUGAGACUGUAAUGAGCUCUUGAGUGUGUUUUAAUGUGCAGCAGAAAGCAGUCUCAUACUUCAGGUCUUGCCUGGAAUGCGGCCACAGGGCCUGAUAGUCAGGUUCAGUCAGGUGAGCCGAUCAACUAGGCCUGACUGACUCAACACCAUCCACCAUAAUAGCUGCAUUCAACUCAACACCGUCCACCAGAAUAGCUGUGUUCAACUCAACACCACUCAUCUAUCAGAUGGCUGCGUUUGCUCUGAGCAGAGGAACUGAUGUGGACAUCAACUGUAUUUAAAUGGGGUGCCUGCUGCAUUGCUUUUCCAGUGUCUUACAUCUUCUUGAAGAAACUGUCAUGUUGUGUGUGUGUGUGUGUGUGUGUGUGUGUGUGCGCAUGAAAAUGCAAA